AUGCCCUACAGAAGAUUCAAGCAAAUCCUAAGAUGUUUGCACUUGAAUGAUAAUUCCAAACAACCAGCGAGGUCUGACCCCGCCUAUGAUAAAUUAUACAAAAUACGACCAUUGUUGACCCUACUCAACAGGGUUUUUCAAGAAAACGCCCAUAACUCAUCAUCACAGCCUAUAGACGAAUCGAUGAUUCUUUUCAAGGGAAGGUCCUCAUUGAAGCAAUAUAUGCCCAUUAAACCGAUAAAACGAGGUUUCAAGGUGUGUUGCCGUUGCGACGGUUCUACUGGUUAUUUAUAUGAAUUUGAUAUAUAUACCGGAAAAGAAGGUAACAGUGUGAAAGACAAUUUAGGAGCAAAGGUAAUCACGAAAUCGACCGAAAAAUUGAAAGGAAUGGCAGCUGUGCAUGUCACAUUUGAUAAUUUUUUUUGUGGUUUUAAUAUCAUGAAUUAUCUGUAUGCUAAUGGCAUUUAUGCUACCGGCACUGUACGCAGACAAAGAGCAGACUUGCCUCAAAUUGCAAAGAGCAAAACGAAACUGAAAUUAGAAAAAGGUCAAUAUAAAUGGAGAGUAAAAGAAAACGUAGCUUUUGUGAUCUGGCAAGACACAAAGGAAGUUCUAUUUCUGACUAAUGCUUUCCAUCCAAAGGAAAAUAAAACAUUCGUACUCAAGACACAAAAAAAUGGUACAAAAGUUAAAGCAGUAGUAAAGGAGUACACGAUGGGCGGAGUUGAUCACUUCGAUCAUAUCAAAGGUACAUAUUCAGUUGGACGAAGAAGCAAAAGAUGGUGGCUCCGCAUCUUUUAUUUUCUUUUUGAUGCCUGCAUCACAAAUGCAUUUUUGCUUUACAGCGCAAAUGCUAAUUCUGCGACACUAACCAAUUUAGAGUUUCGUGUUGCCCUAGCAAGAGGGCUAAUUGGAGGAUUUUCAUCGCGGAAACGACGUUCAGCAGGCGUCAAUUAUGUUGUGAGAAAAAAGUUGCGAUUUCCAACAAUUACCAAAAGUUGA